AUGGCUGACCAGGUGUUUCUGCAAUGGGGAAUCGGAUGGAAAUUCCCAGUCCUGAUCAUCUGCUUGUUCAUGACUGGCGUUGGUACUGCUCUAGGUCACCACUUCUACUACCAAAGCCUCGCAGACACCGAGGUACAAUCUCAAAACCAGCAAUCAUGGGCUAUUCGAAUUGGAACUGGUCUCGCAGUCCUAAACAAAACCGUGCUUGCCGCUAUUUUGGGCAUGAUUGCUACGCAACAAACAUGGGUGACCCUGCGACGCAGAUCCAUUUCUCUUCAUGGAAUCGACAGCAUGUUCAAGAUCAUGAGUGAUCCGAUUGCCAUGUUUGACUACAAUUUGUGGACCGGCGCAAAGACGCUCCUUUUACUGGCCAUCAUAUCUUGGUGCCUGCCCCUGGUUAAAGUGAUUACGCCAGCAACGCUGUCCAUCAGAUCGCUCAUGCGCUCUCAAAUUAUCCCCACCGCUGUUCCAACAGUUGACUUUUCCAACGGCACUGAAUGGGCCACGUUCGCCGGAGCUGGGCGCGUCACUGGCGCUAGCUUUGAGCUUGCUCGCCUUUUUGCGGCUAUAUUUUCCUCCGUGUCUUUUAUUCCAUUGACGGCACCUUUUGUCAACUCGACGUACGAUUUGAAUUUCUGGGGCCCAUCAUACAAGUGCCUCUCCCUUGAAGAAGUAGUAACUGAACAGAACACGCCGACAUGGGACACUGAAAACACGCUCAACAAUUAUACGUCCUUCCAAAAGGCUUGGGAUGAGUUGAUAGUGGCCCCAGGAAUAGGUGCCAGCGGCUACGACGGUUCUAUCUACACUGCUGUAGCUCCUUAUUUCAUGAACAACAUGAUAUUGAUCUGGUCAAGCGGAGUCAAUGAUGAGAGUCACAACUCUUCGCAAGGAACAAGCAUAGUUUGCCAACUUUACAAUACCUCGUACGAUAUAUCGGUACGCUUUCAUGAAGGUGUCCAGUCAAUUGCUCCUUCAUCUAUCCAGUACCUGCACCCACAUGCAUGGGACGGAAGCGAGGGUACAUGGUCGUACUUUUCCGAUUCUCUGGGUAUGGGGACGGCCUGGGUGACGCACAUUUUGUUUAGCUAUUUGCUCACUGCGAGAGUCAAGCUGGGCCGCGCUCUAGAAGACUUCCAAACUGGAGGAGAAGGAACAAUCCCUCUAUUACAGUCGGGGCUCAUCGACUGUCCGGAGUUUUGGAACACUACCCGAAUGACCCAACUCGCCCUCCCGAAUUCGGGCAAAUGUCGCAAUCAGUCGCUUGCUAGGGCCAUCGAAGAUUUGUCUCACAAUUUCACUUACAGCAUGAUGACCUUUUAUGACAGACGCCGAUUCACAACCACUGUUCCCGUUAACGUCUCGUCUCCCCGCAACUUCUAUUCAUAUGAUGUGGCAAACCUCAUGAUUGUAUAUGGGGCAAGUUUAGCCACUGUACUAUUUUGGACCGGAGUUGGAGCCGUGGCGCUGUGGAGCAAUGGUGUUACCAGCAGCUCGUCCUUCUCGACCAUGCUGCUCACUACAAGGAAUCCGGAUCUAGACAAGCUAGCGGAAGGGUAUUCUCUAGGCGCAGAUCCUCUUCCGAAGGAGAUUGGGGAACUUAGACUAAAGUUCGGUUGCCUUGACGGCGAGGAGUCAAAGCAUGCAGGAUUUGGAUUGGAUGGAACUGUGUGUCCUGUCACAAAGGGUGAAAUUUUACGAUGA